GGCGACGCUAACCGUGAGGAUAUGCUGCACUUCACUGGUGGCUUCUUACAAAGCUAAAUUGAAUAUUCAUAAAUUAGAAGAAGAAUAGAAGAAGGUCUUUCUGAAUGACAGAACACUCAAGUAUUAUCUAGUGUGUAGUGUGAGGCUUCUUCAGCCGUGUUUUCGUUUUUGUUAGCCUGUUUUUAUUGAUGUCUUCGCUCAACACACUACUGGAAGCCUUGACAACUUAUAGCAGAUCAGAACUGUGGAACAUAGGGGCACAGUUUGGACUUCACACACCCACCAAGCUGGACUUUAUUCCUCCAGAGCUGCUUCGAACACCUGGAACUAUGAUCAUUCCCCCCUGCUGCGAAGGCGACGGAGGAGGCAGCGCAAACAAAAGAGGGGCAAGAGAGCCGGCGUGCGUGCAAGGCUACAAGCUAACCCUCACAGACCGGCCCUCCCCAGCCUCUUCCUCGCCAACGCCAGAUCCCUCGUCAACAAAAUCGACGAGGUGCGACUCCGAAUUAUCUCUCGCCGGAUGGACAGCUGUGUGACUGUUGUCACAGAGACCUGGCUGGAUGAAAACAUCCCAGACUCAGCGGUGGAGAUAACGGGGCGCGCUCUGUUCCGGGCGGAUCGGACGGCAGCUUCGGGCACGACGUGGAUGCAAGAAGUUGUGACCCUCAUAUCCAGCAGAGGUGACCCACAUGUGUCCCAGAGUACUCCAAACUGGACCAGAGCCCCCUGGUUGGAGCAAUAUUACUGUGCAGAUUUGCUGAAGAGCUCAAGCUCAACACCUCGAGUUCUCACCACACAUCUGCCCCAUGACCUGCUGGGCCCCGCCCUCCAGGAAUCCAAGGCCAGGAUCAUCUAUGUGAGCAGAAACCCUAAAGACGUUCUGGUGUCCUUUUAUCACUUCCACAAGAUGGCCAACUUCCUCCCUGAUGCUGGCUCCUUUCCAGAGUUUAUGCAUCAUUUCUUGGAGGGAACAUUGCACUUUGGCUCCUGGUUUGACCACAUUAAGGGUUGGACCAGUCAGGCUGCGGCUCUCAACCUGCUGCAUGUCACAUAUGAAGAGAUGUCGAUGGACCUGCAUAGGACCAUAAGCAGGGUGAGCGCUUUCCUGCAGCGCCCUCUGCUGGAGCAUGAGCUCAAUAACUGUGUGAAACACUGCAGCUUCAGCCACAUGAAGGACAACAAGAUGAUCAACUACACCCUUAUUCCUGAAGAGAUACUGGACCACAGCAAAGGCUGCUUCAUGAGGAAAGGUGAGAUUGGAGACUGGAAAAACAUGUUCACAGAAGAGCAGAAUCGACACUUUGACGCUGUGUUCAAGUCCAAGAUGCAGGACUGCAUUUUGAAGUUUGUGUGGGAAAAACCAGAAAACGAGGAAUCAGAGUUGAAAGAUUGAGUCUCCAUAACAAAAGAGAUUUGUGGUAACUGUGUGAGAUCAUCCCAGAGAUGAUGACACCAUGUUUGUCUUAUAAACAUUUAUGAAAUCCAGACAUUUUAAAAGGUUAUUUUCCAGUGUGGUAUUGUUUAAUGCUCAUGAAUGAAUCUUUUUAUGUAACACAGCAUACAAAAGGACAGCUCAGCCCUGUGGAUUCAAAGACCUUUAACCUUUCCUCCCCCUCUGUUCAUUGUUGCAGUGUUGACACGACUGUCAGGUUCUAUACGAACAUCUUGUGAUUCACAGAAAACCCAAGUCCAACUUGAAAAAAGUGAAAGAAGCACGUCACAUAUUGAAUCAGUAAACAUUUGUCACAUCUUUUCACCAAACAGACAAAACCACGACAUGCAACUCUGCAUAAUACAAUCAAACAAAUGUAUACAUUAGUGACGUUUUAAUGGCCUCAUGUUUCUGGUGCUGAAACAGGGUUAGGGUUAGCUUUGGUGUUAAGGACAGGGUUAGGUUAUAGAAAUGAAUGAAAAAUGAAUGAAAGUCAUUGCAAAGUUCUAGUGAAAUCACUUAUGCAUGUGUGUGUGUGGGGGUCUGUGUGUGUGUGUUACAUAUGUGCAUGCAACACAUUGACUUUCAAUUAUUUAAAAACUAAUAUGUAGCAUCAGAAGAACUGUGCAGGCAGUGGUCCACAAUACCAGUGUGUUGUUUGCUGAUGUUUUCUCAAAACAAACAAACAAACAAAACCAAGACAAAAAAAAACAAAAAACUUCCCUUUUAACGAAUAAAUAAAUGAAUAAUUCAGAUAUUGCAUUUAAGAGGGAAUUUAAAAAAUAUGUAAUUAGGACAUUCCUAAAAAUACACAUUUAUGUCGACACUUUGGCUGCUUUCUACAAAAACUGUAUAAUUAUGUCAAUAAGACAUUUCCCUCUGCUGCUAAUCAAUCUGAGAAUUGUUAAAUGUGUAAUGAUUAAUCAGGCUGACAGGGCUGAUGGGCCGUCAUACCAACAUCCAACAAACACACACUCAUGAUUUGCUUCCAAGCUUUUAAUAUUCACUCACACUUCCCAGUGUGUGAGAAACGUCUUCGCACUUCUUCAGACGUCUCGGAUUUUGCUUAGGGAAAGGAGGUUGAAGGGCAGCAAACAUCUCACCUUUAGUUUCAUCUCUUCAAAGGACAUCAGUCAGGAAAUGUCUUCAAAUAGAAGCUAUUCAAAGUUUGAGAUACAGAUAUCAUUUUCUCCUUCCUGUUGAAGAGAUUGAUGAUCUGCUCAUUGCUGAUUUACUAUAUGACUUGAUUUCCUUCAUUUUAAAUGCAGUGACUUUUGAUUAUCUUUGGUAAAACUGAAUAAAUAAAUUUAAAAAAUCCUAAUAUAGUCUCUCAGUGAGCUUGAAUUGUCAAACUGUGACAAUCUAACCAACAGAGGGGUUAACUGGGCAACAAAACACUGUGAGAAAUCUUUCUUGGAAAAAUUGUGCAAUGUGACAGCUGCUGGGAAAGGAAUCAUAUUAUUGCUCUUUUUUUCACACCCUGAUGUGAAAGUAGUUGCCAGAUCUCUGUUCAGCGCCCAAUCUCCACAAUGAAGUUCUUCUGUUACUUUGUACAACAUGUGUUUAUCAUCAAUAUUUCACAAAGAAAAUUUCAUGCGUUGUCACAUAAAGAUCUUUACAAAUUUUA